GACACACCCUUUUAAAGAUGGCGCGUUUCUUAGAGCCAGACAUUGGAACAAGAGCUUACCGCCUCGCCACUGGAGUAAACGAGGCCAUUAUGACCGCAGCCAACGAGCCAUCACUGGGUCUGUACCGUCUGCAAGAGCACUGCAUCGGUAACAUACCCAAACUACUAAAGGAGAGACAAUCUAUUGAAGAAAUCUCAACCAGAGUGAAGGGGAACAACUUUGACUUAACUUAUGACAUAGAGGCUGUCAAAGAAAUGGGCAAAGUAGAUAACUUUACUACGGUCAUCUCUGACCUCUCGCAAGCCAUCAAAUUAAAGGAAAGGAUGAACACUCGAGAAAUGGAGCAGAAGGUGCAGAGUAGGGGGGUAACCCCCCCAAGAACCUUGCCCUCUUAUGGUAGUACUGGUGAAAGCCCACCUCUAUUGAGAAGGAGUGACGGUUACAGUAUUAACGCAUCAAGCAGAUUAGCUACUCCACCCAAUUAUCACGGAACUCAAAUUCAACCCAAAAAUUUUAAGUAGUGCUCUAAAAAUUUGUUUUUUUAUUAUUGUGAUUGUUGAUAAU